GCUUACGAAUAUUUGCUAAUUUUAAUACAAAAACGAAAUUUACUGACUUUUUUCUUUAUAGGAAACGACUUUUUAGAUAAAUUUCUUAAAGAAUAAAGAUUAGAAUUAAAUUAAAAAAUAUCAUAUAAAUUAAGAGCUAUGAGUAAAUCAAAGCUAUUUGCGAUGCUUUUUAUAGUAAUUAGCCUCGCUAUAGCUUAAGAAUUAGAACUUGGUAGCAGUCUAGUAGAGUUAUAGACAGCUUAUACAAAACAAAGAAUCAAAUUAUUAAGUCUGAAAAGCUUUUUGAAGAAUUAAAUGAUUGAAAAACUGUAGAUAGAAUUUGAAAACUAAGAUAAUGUUUAAGAAGUAGUGAGUUUUUUAGAAUAAAUUAGCCAGGAAAUUCAUAACUAAUAUCUUUAAUUACUGGCAGAAUAUAGCUAGAAAAAAGCCAAAGUAAGAAGUGAUAUGACUGUAGCAAAAAAAAUUAUAACCAUUAACUAAAAUAAGCUAGAAUAGCUAAUUAAUAACUAACAUUUCUUAGAAAAAUAAAUGGAUCUUUUGUCUUAAAAAAUAAAAAUUUUACUGAGAGAGCUAAUUAACUUAGGAACAAGAGAUAAGUUGCUGAAUGAGAUACUUAAAAUAGACUAGGAAAUGUAUUCUUACAGAAAGUUUAGAGAUGAAUCUACUAUAUACUCUUUAAAUUUAUGUAUUGAAAAGCUGCAAUAGCUUUAAUCAAAGCGUAGUUUAUUUCCUUAAAAAGAUAUUGAUUACAUUAAAUAGAAUUUAAAGAAAAUACCAUUGAAAAAUCCACUUAAUGCUUUUGUUUUAAUUUCAUAAAAGUUUAAUGAGUAAAAACUUAAUUAAACAAUACAUCUUCUUUUAAAAAUAAGAAACUCUAUUUAAGUUUCAUAUAAAGAUGACAGAGAGAAAGAGUAAAUUUCGAUUGAAAGAUAUGCAUCACUUAUUUUCAUAGGGAAAAUUUAGAAAUAGAGGUUAAUUUAAUAAGUAACAAGUUUGAACAACAAAUUAGAUGUUAAAUAAUUAAGCUUACAAUAAAAUUUUGUUGAACAAUAGUUUGUAUCCAAAAUAAUUGACUUAGAAUAGAACAUUCUUGUCCAUUAUGCUAUUUUAGCUAGAUAACUAGAUUAAAACUACGAGAAAAGAAUCUUAGAAGCUGAAGAUGCAAAGGAAGGAGUAGAAGAAGCACUGAAUAUUCUAAAUUAGCACUUAUAUGCUCUUUUAGUUUUGGAUUUUUAAAAAGACAAUGAUUAACAAAGUAGAGAAAACAUAUAAAAUUGA